AUGUCUUCGCCAUCUGCGUUUGCGCUCGCCGAGCAGCAGGAGCACAUCAUCGCACCGGACGACUCGGACUUCCUCGACUCGGAUGCCGAGGGCACCCCGCAUCCGGACGACCACUUCAUCGAGUCGGCCGUGCUCCACGACGCACCGGGCGCUGCUUCUUCCUCCUCGUCGCCCGCAAGACGUGCGCGCUCAGCAGCCAGGGGCAAGCUGUGGCCGGCGCAUCCGCUCAUCCGCAUCCACAAGCGGCUGUGGUUCACCUGGUUCGAAGCCUCGCUGCCCAACGAAGACGAGCUCAACCUCGACGCAGGCCAUGCCGCGGCCUGGACCAACUUUGACGACGGUGAGGUGAGCAAGUACGUCGACGCGGCCGAGACCAAGCCGGCGCGGCUGCACUGGUUCAACAUCGACCACGACCUGGUGUACCUGAGCUUCUGGUUCGACUGGGGCCCUCUGAACGUCGGCAUGUUUUAUCGGUUCUGCCUGCACGUGCACCACAUGCUUACGGAUCCGGACAUGCAGGAUGCGACGCUUGUGCUCUACACCACGCACGCGCCCGCGCAAAAGGCGAAUGCGGCGCUGCUCGCCACGCUGUACGCCAUGAUCAUCGGCAAGGUGUCGCCCGCCGACGCCUUCUAUCCGAUCUCGGAGCUCGAGUUCAAGCCGUUCCGCGACGCCGGCUACGGGCGCGCCGACUACAAUCUGUCCAUCCAGGACGUGCUGUACGGCGUCCAACGCGCCAUCAAUCACGGCCUGCUCGACCUCACCACAUUCAACCUGGACGAGUACGAAAAGUACGAGCAGGUGCACAACGGCGACUGGAACUGGAUCACGCCCAACUUUAUCGCAUUCGCCUCGCCCAACGACCGCACGUACGUCGAGGCGCUUCGCACGGGCGAUGGCCGUCUGCCUCCCAACUACACCUUCCGCCCACCCGGGGAGGACAAGCUGUUCGGCCGCACCAUCCGCUACUUCAAGGAGCGCGGUGUCCAGCUCGUGGUGCGCCUCAACAAUCCGCUGUACGACCGCGACGCCUUUGUGCAGGCGGGCAUCCAGCAUGCCGACAUGUACUUUGACGACGGCUCCAAUCCGACCGACGACAUCCUCGCCGACUUUAUCGCGCGCGCAGACGAGGUGAUUCGCAACGACGGCGUCGUCGCCGUGCACUGCAAGGCCGGGCUCGGUCGAACCGGCGUGUUGAUCGGCGCCUACCUCGUGUGGAAGCACGGCUUUAGCGCGGGCGAGGCGAUUGGAUUCAUGCGCUUCAUGCGGCCCGGAUGCGUGGUGGGGCCGCAGCAGCAUUUCAUGUACCAGAACUUUGUCGAGUGGGUCAAGUGGGGUGUGCGCGACCACGCGCUCGCCGACGCGCGCAAGCUGCUCGCCGAGGAGAAGGCACGGCUCGAGGCGCAGUACAAGCCGAGCACGCCGCCGUCGACGACACGCGCGGUCAAGCGGCGUGCGGCCGGGUCGGACGCCGCCAAGGUGGCGGGCGACGACAGUGUGGCGGACGAGGACGGAGCUUCGGAUACAGACGCAGAGGAGCAUGAGGAGGUGGCGCGGCCGCGGCAGAAGCACAAGCGCGAGGCGGACGAGGCGCCGAUCACGCCACGCGCCCAGCGUGGGGGGUCGCGCGCCGUGCCUGCGUCGGCGGCACCAGGAGUCAAGCCGGCACCAUGUGUGGGGCAGCCGCGCAAGUCGCCGUCGCCCUCUCGCAAGCGACCCGCCAUCCAGGCGCCCGCGACAGUGGCGCGGCUGGAACUCAACACGCGCCGCUACCCGACGGGCGCCUCCUCCUUCAGCCAGCACCUGCUUCGCGCCACCAACGCUGUGCACGUCGACACCGACUCGGAUUUGGACGAAAACACCUCUCUCGACGCGUGUGCUACGGGCGGGAGCACAGCGGGCGUGCUGGUCGAAGCGCGCAUCAACGUAGCCACUCCGCUGCGCGCGUCGCCCAAGGCAGCGGUGGGGACGCCAUCCCCCGUCGCGCGCGUACGAGGCUUCGAGCGUCCGCGCGCCAGCACGGUCGGCUCCAUCGCCAUCGCCACACCCGUGCGCUCCUCGAGCCGCAGUCCAAGCCCCGCCAGCUCAGCGAGGGAGGUGGUUCGCGCCUCGCCGGGCAUUCGCGAUCGGUACGGCCUGCGCGACAGCAAAAGCCCCCCACCCGCCACGCCGCCCACACGAACCUCGCGCCAUCCCAGCCCCGUCAAGAUCGCGCCGCUCGUCGCACGCGUUACCACCGACGCCGAGGUGCUUGGAGUCCUCGCAUGCAUCCCGCAAACCGACCGCGCCUCGCCGCCCAAGCCUGCGCCCAAGCCUGUCGCCGCCGCGGCGGCGGUGGUGGUGGAUGAGAAUGCGCGCGCACCCGUCGCCGCCCCUAAAGUGCUGCGCACAGUCCGAUCCAAGCCCACGCUCCCCACCACCACCACCACCACUAGCACCACUGCUGGAGUUCGACGUGGAGGGGCGGGUGUGCGCAGUGUAUCUGCCAAAACACCGUCUGUGCCGGUGGCACGCGCAGUCCGCGCACAGAAGAGCAGCGCCGAGCUGCGCGCCGCCCCCUCUUCGCGCAGCGUGAGCAGCUCGAGCACGUCGAGCACCACCGCCACCGUCUCGCGCGGCUCUAGCCGGCUGACUGCGCCGACGGCGGCGAGUGCAGCGCGUGCAGCAGCCGCAGCGGCGCAGCGUGCCAAAGUCGCCCCUCCACCAGCAGCGGCGGCGGGCGGGGUGAGGAAGGUGUCGGUGCUGAGGCCGCAAGCCGUACGCAGGAGGAGGAGCAGCACCGGCCAGGCGGAUGUAGAUCUUCACCCCGACAGCACCUCUCUCAUACCCUCCUCUGCCACAACCAGCAUCUACGCUGUAGCCGCCGACAUUACAUCUCGAGAUUCGUGGGUGGAGGCGCUGAAGAAGGUGAAGGAGCUGUGGGCGGUGGUGCCGGACGUGGUGGUGAAUAACGCCGGCUGGACCUACUCGAACAAGCCGACGCUCGACGUAACCGACGCAGACUUCGACAGGGUGUUUGCGAUCAAUGUCAAGUCCGUCUUUCUCAGCACCGACGUCGUGCUCCCCGCCAUGCUCGAGGCCAAACUCGACGAUGCCGUCUUUGUCAACGUCUCCAGCACUGCCGCUAUUAGGCCCAGACCGAAACUCGUCUGGUAUAAUGCGUCCAAGGGGGCGGUUAGUACAGCGACCAAGGCGCUCGCCGUCGAAUACGCCCCACACAAGGUCCGAUUCAAUACCGUCUCGCCCGUCGCUGGCAACACCCCCCUGCUGUCAAAGUUCGCCGGCUCAGCCGAAGCAGGCGAUACAAUGUCCCCCCAACAACUGGCACAGUUCCACGCCUCGAUCCCCAUCGGCCGUCUCUCCGAGGGAAGCGACAUUGCCAACGCCUGUCUAUUCCUCGCCGACGCCGCAUCCAACUUCAUCACAGGCAUCGACAUUCCCGUCGACGGCGGUCGCUGCGUCUAG